AUGUUUGGCUCAGGAUCAGGUGGUUUCUCUUUUGGAGGUGCUAGCAACAGCGGUGCCAGUGCAGGCUCUACAGGUGGUUCAAAAUCUGGGUUCAGCUUUGGAUCGAAUAACAAUAACAAUGCUACAAGUGGUACUUCAACAACCGGUGGUGGGUUUUCAUUUGGAGCUGGUGCUAACAACUCAACAGCUCCUAAGCCAGCUACUGGAGGGGGAUUGUUUGGGGGCUCAAGUACAACAAACACAGGAUCUACAGGUGGUGGUCUGUUUGGAUCAAAUAAUAAUACAACUUCACAACCUGCUGGAACAACUGGUGGUGGUCUUUUUGGGUCUAAUAACAAUACCACAGCUCAACCAUCAACAGGUGGUGGAUUAUUUGGUUCUAAACCAGCAACUACAACACCUCCAUCUUCAGGAGGUGGAUUAUUUGGAUCCAAUAAUACUACAGCUCAACCUUCUACAGGGGGUGGUCUAUUUGGUAACAACAAUAACAAUACACAACAACAACAAUCAAGUGGUGGAUUGUUUGGAAGUAAUAAUCAACAACAACAACAACCAAGUGGUGGAUUAUUUGGAAAUAACAAUCAACAACAACAAACACAACAACAACCGGCUCAAUCAUCACAACCAUCAUUCGCUUGGUCCCAACCUUCUACAGCUAAUCAAACAACAUUACCUCAACAACAACAACCAUUAUCAUUUACAUCAAAUACUCAACAAGACUCACAAAUCAAUUCAAAUUAUACCGCAAAUAUCCAAGAACAAUUAACCAAAAUUAAAAAUUCAUGGAAUCCAACAUCACAGCAAGCAAGUUUACAAACUUUUUUUUACAACGCAGUUCCAGAAAAUCAAUCUGCAUUAUAUACAAAACCAGUUAAUGAAAAUGAUGAAUGGGAUAAAGCUUAUGCUAAUAGACCAAGUACUAAUUCUAUACCAGUUAGAGCUGUUGGUUUUGAAGAUUUACAAAAAAGAUCUCAAACUCAAAUAAAUCAUGUUGCACAAGCAAGAGUUAUAUUACAACAAAUUAGUGAAAAAAAUAAAAUGUUGAGUGAUAAACAUGAUUUAGAUACCGCAUCAAGAAUCAUAUCAGCAAAGGCAAGACAUACAAGAAUAUCUAAAAGAAUUUUAAGAUUAGUUUCUGCAUUAGCAGUCUUAAAAUCAAAAGGUUAUCAAUUAUCACCAAAUGAAGAAAAAUUAAUUCAAAAUUUCCAAGAAUUAUUAAAUAAAUCUCAAGAUCCUUCAGGAUUAGGUAAAAGUAAUGAACUAUGGGCAAGAUUAGCUGUGUUAAAAGAAAAAGCUAAGAGUUUGAAUGAUCAAUUAGACAAUACUUUAGGAAUUCAAAAAUUAGAUUCAAAUAAUGUUGAUGAUAUUAAUGAUAGUGAACAAAAACAAAAUCAAAUUUUAAAAAUUGCUCAAGUUUUACAACAACAACAAAAUGGUAUUAAAUAUUUAUCAGAAAUAAUUGAAAAUGAUGAAGAAAUUGUUUCAAAAUUGUUGAAAUAG